AUGCAACCAUACAUUGGAUCCGAGUCGGCUGUGGCUCAGUUUCAUCCUCUACAAGAGGUGGAAACCCACCGCUUUCUGUUUCGCGUUCUCAAAGAUCCGACGAAGCUCAUAGAGCACAUCCAAACAGAGGCUGGUGCUAUCAUUCUCAAAAUUGCAUAUGGGUAUACUAUUGAGUCACACAAGCGUGAUUCAUUGGUGCAUAUUGCAAAUCUGGCCCUUGAGCACUUUUCCAAGGCCAGUACACCGGGUGUCUGGCUGGUUGAUAUUAUUCCAGCUUUAAAAUACGUCCCGUCCUGGCUUCCGGGAGCAAGUUUCAAGCGCACUGCUCAAGCAUGGAAGAAGAAUCUCAUGAUGGUCGCAGAAAAGCCCUACGCAUUCACACGGCGGCAAACAGAAGAAGGUCGGUAUGAGCCCUCUUAUCUUUCUAACUUAUUUAAAACAACGGGAUGCCCUUCACCCGGAUCCGAAGAAGAGUUUGUUGCAAAGUGGUCAGCUGCAUCACUUUAUACAGGUGGUGCUGAUACCACUGUGUGUGCCAUGGAAUGUUUUUUCCUUGCAAUGACACUAUAUCCCGAGGUCCAAGGUAAAGCCCAAGAUGAGAUUGAUCGAGUUUUGGGGUCUUCCCAGCUCCCAACAGUCGGCGAUCGCUCUCGUUUGCCGUAUAUCAAUGCUAUGGUGAAAGAAGUCUUGCGAUGGCAUCCAGUGGCACCUAUGGGACUUCCCCACGCAUCAAGUGAAGAUAGCAACUGGGGAGAAUAUUUCAUUCCAAAGGGCUCAUUGCUUAUGCCUAACAUCUGGGCUAUGAUGCAUGAUCCCACUGUUUACCAUGAUCCCAUGGCAUUCAAACCAGAGCGCUUUUUAGAGAUUAAUGGACGUGAGCCCGAGUUAGAUCCUCAUGAUCUUGCCUUUGGAUUUGGGCGUCGCAUCUGUCCCGCCCGUAUCUUGGCAGAUAUCACAUUGUAUUUGAGUGCAGCGCAAUUCAUUGCUGUCUUUAAUAUAACAAAAUCCGUCGAAGAUGGGAAAGAAGUUGAUGUCCAACCAAAAUUCCAACCUGGGGUUAUCAGUCAUCCGGAACCAUGGAAGUUCCACAUCGGACCUCGCAGUGUGGCUCAUGAAUCCCUCAUUCGUUCAGUGGAGGACAAACAUCCAUGGGAGCCGAGCGAUUCGCCAGACCUAGUGGAUAUUUGA